AUGAUCGCCAGUGACAUGAUGACGGACAAGAGUGGGCGCACGCAGAUGAACAUCAUCUGCAUCAACGACAGUGGAGUUGUUUUCGCAGAGGCGGUCGACUGCAAGGCGGAGAUGAAGAGUGGCGCAUUCAUCGCCGGCAUCCUGCGGCUGAUCAUCGAGAGGGUCAGGCCAGAGCACGUCGUCGCGCUGUGCAUGGACGGCGGCAGCAACUACAAAUCUGCCUGCAAGCUGCUGCAGAAGGAUUUUCGGCACAUCGAGGUCUACAUCGAGGCGUGGGUGAUGGAUGGGGCGUGGUGGAAGAAGGCGGAGUUCUUUGUGCAGCUGAUGGAGCUGCCGUACCCGGUGAUGGGGAGGACGGAUUCGUCGGCGAAGGGGAUGAUGGGCGUGAUUUACGACAUCAUGCUGCAGCUGACGGAGGAGUUGGAUGCGCUGCUGGAUGGGAAGGACUCUCGACUGAGCAGGGCGGAUAAGGAGGGGGUGUAG